AUGGGCCUGGCGCUGACGGCGCUCCUGCUCGCUGCCCGGGCGACGGCGGCGGAGGCGCUCCUCCUAAGCGAGAGCCGAACUGGGGCGAUCCAGACAUGCUGGGCGACCUCGCUGCAGAAGGACCGCCAGAAGAAGCGCCGGAGGGCCGGCGGGAACAUGUCGCGGUCAUCCUGGCAGCAGCAGCAGCAGCAGCAGCAGCAGCAGCAGCAGCCAAGAGGCAGAAGGUUUGCCGGCAACCGGCGCCGCAAGGUCAACGCCAAUGCCGAUCCCCAGCCCGUCGACGUCGACUGGGCCGAGGGGCAGAUCGACCGGGACUUGGUGAAGCAGGCCAGGGACAAGGGUUUAUGA